AUGGAUGAGGCAGACGAGGGCGAGGAGGAAUCGGAUGAGGAUUACGUGGCGGACAGUGCGGACAGUGACUCGUCCGAUGGUGGGAAUGAGGAUGAGUGUAUUCCGAAGACAUGUCCUGAGGAUGAUGUGGCACGCCAUGUCCUGCCUCCACCUCACCCAAUUCCGGCGCUAUCGGCAGUGCCAUCUCACUAUCACAGUCUGCAUCUGGAUGCUAUGUAUGAGAAAACUCCAUUUUCUGACACUGGUGAAGAGGAUUACAACCAAGACAGCAGUGUAGAGUUUCGGUUAUCGGGUACCCAAUUACCCGAAUCGAACCAAUCCGUUCUUAAUCUUUGGUUUGGUUCGGAUACAUGUACAAAAAAACACAAAUCCGAACCAAACCGACCCGUGCUCACGCUUAGUAUUCGCAGGAGUGCGGAGUACUUGGUCAUCGAAUCGGAUCGGAUAAAGUACCAUGUGCAGUGUCAUCAAGCUGAGAAUGGGUGUCAAUGGAGCCUCCGUGUGGCCCUUCGGCAGAACCUCGGAUACUGGGAGGUUCGGAGGGUUGGUGGAGUGCACAGUUGUCUAGCACCCACCAUGUCUCAAGACCAUCAUCAGUUAGACAGCAGUCUGAUCUGCAGGGUCAUCUUGCUGUUGAUUCAGUCCAACCCCUCUGUGAGCAUUCAGGUUUUGCAAGGUGCGGCACUGCAGAGCUGUUUUUCUGGUACCAUUUGUGACCUACCUGUCAAACCGUUCUAUGAUAGACACCUCCUGAUACGCGACUGCAGUAUGUUCAACAAGGUAUUUUGGGCUUUUCCGUCAUGUGUCGAGGCCUUCAAGCAUUGCAAUCCCUUUGUAUCUGUAGACAGCACGCAUCUGUAUGGCAGGUACGAUGGAGUGUUGCUUAUUGCGUUGGCGCAAGAUGGGAAUAGUAACAUCCUGCCUAUUGCUUUUGGCAUUGUGGAGUCCGAGAGCACCGAGUCAUGGUCGUUCUUCCUUACUAAUCUGAGAUGCCACAGCACCCCACAAGACGGCCUGCUGGUUAUCUCUGACAGAUCUCAGUCCUUCAAGGCCGCGCUAAGCUUCGAUGAUAGUGGUUGGCAUCCCCCAAGAGCCUUCCAUGCUUACUGCAUCAGACACAUGGCUACGAAUUUCAUGACUCGAUUCAAGUCAGUCGAGGGCAAGAGAUACCUCAUUAACGCUUCUUACAGUCCAAGCAAGGCUGGGUACGAGUGGUACAUGGAUGCCUUGAGAGGAGUCUCCCCGUCGAUGGUGGACUGGGCGGGUCAUUUCAGAAAGGAGAUUUGGCUACAACAUUGCGACAGCGGGAAACGAUUUGGUCACAUGACCACAAAUAUGUCCGAGUGA